GGUUAGACAGUUUAAUUUAUUUUGCCGACUAUUCAUGACUUAGUUGAUAUAAAUAAAUAAGGAACURAAAUCGAAGUAGAAUGUUAUACGGAAUAUUAAGUCUGUGCUGGAUUCCGUUAGCGGGAUUUGUUUCAUUCUUGAUCAUUUUAUCUGCUAUCAACAAAUCUAUUGGAGUGCGAAGGGCAUACGUGAAACUCCUUCUAAGGAUAUUUGAGUACGGCCGUAACAGCAUAGAAUCGGCGUCAAAUGAAAAUCUGAAGAACCCCAAUGAAAAGACGGCUGAAGAUCAGAACUCACAGGUGGAGCUAGUGAAUGGAUUAGACGCAAAAGAAUCAACAACUGGAGCAGUGCUUAUCAACCGGGAUGCUGUUUUGCUACCCCAGCCUCAAGAGCUAAAUCAUGAUAAGCCCAAUUCAAUAAAAAAGGAGGAAAUAAACUUCGAUUUUGAAAAUUGCUUAGAUUAUGUGAAAGCUGGAGUCGAAGCGAUUAUCGAAGAUGAUGUUACCUCAAGGUUUCAGGCUGAAGAGCUUAAGAACUGGAAUAUGCUGACGCGAACAAAUCGACAUUAUGAAUUUAUAUCAUGGAAAAUAACAUUGAUAUGGGUGGUUGGAUUUGCAGUGCGAUAUAGUAUAUUGAUGCCACUGCGCGUAUUCGUUUGCUUUGUCGGAGUUGUAUUUGCAGUUAUUUCAAAUGCAUUUGUGGCCCUAGUACCCUAUCGAUUUUUGCGGCGCCCCUUAGCGGAUUUAUGUUUUAAAAUAACCUUCCGUCUCAUAUCAAGCUCUUUGUCAGCAGUUAUAACAUUUCACAAUAAGCAAUAUAAGCCCACAUCUACUGGGUUUUGCGUAGCCAAUCAUACCACGCCCUUUGACGUCGCAAUACUCUCUACAGAUUGUACAUUUUCCUUGGUAGUGUGGUUGACAGCAUGCACAGCAGCUGUGGGAAAUCUUAAGGAUGGCGAAAGAAAACGCGCUAUUGUGAAUAAGGUGCUGGGGCAGUGCUUUGGCCUCCUGUCCAGUGCCAUUUCAGCAGUUAUAACUUAUCAUAAUGAGGAUAAUCGACCGUCAUCGACAGGUAUUUGUGUGGCGAAUCAUACAAGCCCCAUAGACGUACUCGUACUGAUGUGUGACACAACCUAUUCUCUGAUUGGUCAACGACAUGGUGGAUUCCUUGGCGUCUUGCAAAGAGCGCUGGCAAGAGCAUCUCCUCACAUUUGGUUUGAAAGAGGCGAAGCUAAGGAUCGUCACUUGGUUGCCGAAAGACUAAAACAGCAUGUGUCAGAUCCUAGCAAUCCGCCAAUUCUGAUAUUCCCGGAAGGUACUUGCAUCAACAAUACGUCCGUUAUGCAGUUUAAGAAGGGUAGUUUCGAAGUGGGCGGCGUUAUAUAUCCCGUUGCCAUAAAAUACGAUCCCAGAUUUGGCGAUGCAUUUUGGAACAGCUCCAAAUACUCAAUGAUGCAAUAUCUUUACAUGAUGAUGACGUCGUGGGCAAUUGUGUGCGACGUUUGGUACUUGCCGCCCAUGUAUAGGCAGGAAGGCGAGUCGGCGAUAGAUUUUGCCAAUCGUGUCAAAGGUGUUAUAGCCAAACAAGGCGGUUUGGUUGAUUUGGUAUGGGAUGGCCAGCUGAAACGGAUGAAACCGAAGAAGGAAUGGAGAGAAAUACAACAAAUUGAAUUUGCAAAUCGAUUAAAAUCGGAUUGACGUUUCAGUUAAACACUUAUUAUGUUAUUAUUUGUAAUUUACAAUGGAGAAAAUGUAAAAAUAAAUGACUUUUACCAAAA